AUGGAGAAACGACCCCGUAAGAUCCAGCCCCAUAGAAAGUCUCGACAAGGCUGUACCAACUGCAAGCUUCGCAAUGUAAAAUGUGACGAGAAGACACCCGCGUGCAAGCGGUGCAUUGCCUACGGUGUAGCUUGCAGCUAUGAUCGGACAGUUUCCAUUCUCCGAGCCCCGAUGGAGAAUAUCAUGACUCCCGCUUUGCCUCCCGAACCAUCCUACUGGCGGCAUCCGAGCGACCAAAUACUUGCCAAGUUUCAAACACGGACUGCGCCCACUGUUAGUAUCGGCAAGCGGCUGGCAGUUUAUCAGAAUGAGGUGACCAUGUUGGCACCAUCUCACCCAUUCUUGAUGCACGCGAUCGCCACCCUGACCCUCAUGCAUGACCGGCAUUUAUCCAUGACUGAUAAUCUGAAUUAUUGCCCAAACCUCAUAUUCACAGAAUAUUUCCACUGGUACCGAGCCGUGUUGUCGUUCAACGACCGGCUGUCGGUCUUGCAGCAAUAUCACGGAGGGGAAUGGACAGCUGCCUCUACUCAGGUUGCUUUAGUUAGCACGGCAGCUAUCCUCUGGACCAUAGCCUUCUGUCAUAUCGAGGCCAGAGCCCCACAAGAAGCGUGGCCACUCAAGUCCACGUCGUCCGAUCUAAACUGGCUACGUAUGAAUAAUGGGAAGGAGCAAAUAUGGAAAGUCACCCAAUCAUAUCCUCCAGACCCCAUCUCGAUGACCUUGGCUUCCAUGCGUACCCAUGAAAUGCUCCCUACUCCCCAUAAUAACGUCAACGCUCUCUUUGAUAAACUCCCGCCAGCUUUCAUUCGUCUCUUCAAUCUCGCCAAUGGUGACAGUCUACCGAGUAAUACGAUAGACCCAUACUACACCAUCGGGGUGCAAGUUGCCCAGGUAGUUUAUGUGGAUUGUCCCCUAUACGUGACCAUUCUGAGCUUCGUCUCAUUUGUUAGUGGCAUUUCUUCGGAAGCCAGGGGACUGCUAGAAGCAAAGGAUCCUUGUAUGCUCUUGGCGCUGGCUCUUUGGUACGCGAAGUUGUACCAAGUUGGGGUUUGGUGGAUGUUGCGGCGGCUGCUAAUAGAGGGCCAAGCUAUCUGUCUCUAUUUGGAGCGUUUCUUUUCCCACGAUGCCGACAUUCAGGCUGUUUUGGAAUUCCCUCAGAGGAUCUUCCCCACCGAGGUAGUUGAGUGA